AGAAAUACAUUUAGGAAGGAACGAUUCAAAUUAUAUCAUUAUAAAGGACCAAAAAGUUAAUAAAAAGCAUGCAAAAAUUAUAAAUUAUCGUGGAGAAGUUAAAAUUUUCCGCAUUGAUUCUAAAUCAGAAAUUUUUAUUAAUGGAAAAUCUGAAUCUCGUUUACAUAUUUUAAAAAAAAAUGACGAGAUUAAAAUAGGAUGUAGUACUUUUCGAUAUCUUCCCGCAGGAGAAUUUAAAGACAACAAUGAUCCACUUUUACAAAUUUAUAACACUACAUACUUGCAGAAACGAUUGGAAGAUGAAUUUAAAAAUAAUAAAAAAUUGUGUUUAAUGUUUUUUGAUUUAGAUUUUAAAGAAAUCGAGGAUGAUGUUUUAAAAGAAUUAACAAUGUUAAUUCAAAAUGAACAUCUUAAUGAUAAAGAUAUUUUUUCUAAAUAUGAGGAAAAAGGAUUUACUAGAUUUGUUAUUCUUCUUAUUGAUACAUGCUUAGAGGCGGCCCAUGAAAUUGCUAAGGAAAUUAGAUCUGCUUAUCUGUUUAAUUUUAAAGAGAAAAAACUGCAGUCGAUUACGCUCAGCAUUGGUAUUUCUGGAGUGAAUUCCUCGGUAAAAACUUUUAAUGACUUAUUGAUUCAUACUAAAGAAGCUUGUGUAAAGGCUAAAGAAUAUGAUCACAAUCAGGUGGUAAUAUGGGAGAAUGAAGAAUGGGAGAAUGUUUCGAUUC